AGCCCGGCCGCCAUGUUGGAGCUUUUGCUGUCCUGGGCCUGGCCUGCUCCGGGCCCUCACAGCGUAGCCACUAGCUGACUUAGGGCUCCCACGCUGCGCGCGACCUUGCUGAGGGCAGGCUCGUGGUGGGAGGCUUCGCGUUCACCUGAACAUUUCCGCCACCUCAGGAUGGAGUAUGACGGGCGGGGCUGAUGCAUCGCAGCAGUCCUGGACCCUGACUUUGGAUUUGGAGAAGAAACGCCCGGGAGGAACCGGAGUUAGGGUGCCAGCACCUUGGCGUAUUGGGAGCGGGCCACCCCGGGUUCCGGACUUCACUUCCCAGGAGGCCUCGCGCGCCACCGGACAUGCUGCGAGCCUAUUAGAAGGCGAGGCUACGCCCGCCCCUCCGCUUUAGAGUGGCAUUGCCAGCCAGUUGUUCGGGCAGGUGUCUUCUGCAUCUCCUAGGAGCCUCGGGAGCUGUAGCUCCGGCGCCUGCUGGCGAGAGGCGGGUUCCAGAGAUCCCGACCCCACUUCGUCCCUCUGUGGUUAGGGGUGAGUCCUGCAAAUGUUAAGUGAUUUGCUCAAGGUGCCCAUUUUGCAGGAACUGGAGCCCAGGCCAGUUCUCUGAGUCUAUCAUUAGGGCUAAAGGAGUGCAUCAUCAGAAUGGCAUCAGGACGGUUCUACCUGUCCUGCCUGGUGCUGGGGUCCCUGGGCUCCAUGUGCAUCCUCUUCACGGUCUACUGGAUGCAGUACUGGCGUGGCGGCUUUGCCUGGAAUGGCAGCAUCUACAUGUUCAACUGGCAUCCAGUGCUUAUGGUAGCUGGCAUGGUGGUAUUCUACGGAGGUGCAUCGCUGGUGUACCGUCUGCCCCAGUCGUGGGUGGGGCCUAAGCUGCCCUGGAAACUCCUCCAUGCAGCACUGCACCUGAUGGCCUUCGUCCUCACUGUUGUGGGGCUGGUUGCUGUCUUUACGUUUCACAACCAUGGAAGGAUUACCAACCUCUACACUCUGCACAGCUGGCUGGGCAUCACCACCGUCUUCCUCUUCGCCUGCCAGUGGUUCCUGGGCUUUGCUGUCUUCCUCCUGCCCUGGGCAUCCCUGUGGCUGCGCAGCCUCCUAAAACCUAUCCACGUCUUUUUUGGAGCCGCCAUCCUCUCUCUGUCCAUUGCAUCUGUCAUUUCUGGCAUCAAUGAGAAGCUUUUCUUCAUCAGUUUGAAAAACGGCACCAGGCCAUACUCCAGCCUGCCCAGCGAGGCCGUCUUUGCCAACAGCACUGGGAUGCUGGUGGUGGCCUUCGGGCUGCUGGUGCUCUACAUCCUUCUGGCUUCAUCUUGGAAGCGCCCAGAGCCAGGGAUCCUGACCGACAGACAGCCCCUGCUGCACGAUGGGGAGUGAAGCAGCAGGAAGGGGUUCCCAGGAGCUCUUGGUGCUGCAGCCUGUGCUCCUCAGAAGCUCUGCCCUUCCCAGGCUCCCAGCUGGCUUCAGCAGAUGACUUUCUUCUAAGUCUGGGCCCAGACUUCUUACCUGGGUGCUGAGCCUGCCUUCUCCAGCCACUUGCUGCCUGUCUGCUUUUCUUGGUGGCUUUGGCUUCUGCACUACUUGGCAUCAGCUUCUCAGGUCCUCUGUUCACAUGAGGUCCUCCUUGCCCUGGCCACUCCUGCUGCUCCUGCCUGAAGAAAUCAGACUGAUUUCCGCUUAAGACUCCUGGGGGCGUGGUGAAGAGCUGGGGCUCACGUGCAUUCCACGACAUGAACCACGAGGGAGGUGAAGUAUCUGUCUGCUUCCCCCACAAAGGCAUGCAUUUCAGUUAGGCCGCCCCGCCAUGGAGCAGGCUUCAUCUGCUCUGCCAUCCAGCCCCAUCUGGAGGUGUGGUGGGGUGGAGACAUCAUGGAGUGAUUGCAGAAGCAGGGAGUGGCGGCCCACGCAGCUUCCGCUGAGGAGCUGACUGCUCUGAGCUGUUCUAUUUGUAUUGCUACCCUGAGUCUGCGUGUAUUGUGACCAUGCGGCUCUACCUCUGCCAGCUGCUGCUACAGCUGAGGCCUGGAUCCUGGCCUUUCCCUGUGACUUACAUGCCUGUCGCCAGCAGGCAGCCCUGUGAAUCCUGGUAACUUGCUCUCCCAAGAACAGAGCCUGUCCCCAGAUGUCUCAAUAGUAAUGAGUAACAGAGAUGGCUGUGGAUUUCCUUUACUUCCCCUUGUUGGAUCAGGGCCUUCCUGCCUCCUGCUGGGCAGGGCCCCAGCCCCUCUGAUCACUCUGUAGCACAUCAUGCAACUGAUGCCAAAGUUGUGGGGUCCUGUGUGCAACAGAGCCCUGGAAGCCACUGCUUGCCUUCAGAGGGGUUCCUUGCUGAGACCCACAUUGCUUCACCUGCCCCCACCAUGGCUGCUUGCCUGGCUCAACCAGAGUUCUGUGCCAUGCUGGAGCUGGAGCUGUUGCUCUUCUUCAGAGGAGGAAACGGGGUGGGAAGAGGGAAGGGUCUUGCUUCUCUUCUAAGUGUUGCUGCUGUGGCUUUUUUGCCUUCUCCAAAGAAGCCCUGCCAGGUCCCAGGCUCUAGACUGCUGUGCUUAGUUGGCAAGUGAGAAGCCUGGGGUCUGGAGCCCACCUACUCUCUAGCAGCAUCAGCAUCCUACUCCUGGCGACAUCAGGCUAACUGUCCACCCCAGCUUCAUACCGCCAGAUGUUGGCGGAAGGGCUAAUACUGAAUGUCUUGAUUGGCUGGAGCCUUCAAAGCCACUGGGAUGUCCUCCACGCAGCUGGGUCCCAUGACCAGCUCCCUGUCUCCAUAGGGGUAGGCAUUUCACUGAUUUUUGAAGCUCGAGUUUCAUUAAAUAUGUUAAGAAUCAAA